GUGGUGGUGGUGGUGGUGGUGGUGGUGGUGGUGGUGGUGGUGGUGGUCUCGGCGUAGUAGGCGUAGGCGUAGCCGUAGUAGGCGACGUAGGGGAGGAAGAGUCGCUGGACGGGAGGCUACAGGACGAAGUCCUACUAUUGGAUAAGAUCAAAGAGGAACAGGAAACUGGAAUCGUUUCGGAAAUGUUACAAACCGUUCCAAGGGUACCAGUUGCGGGUGUUAGAAGAAGAUGGGGUGGUGGUAAUGGUAGACAACAUUCGUCCUCGUCUACCGGUACCAGUGGUCACCAUCAUCAUCACCAUCAUCACCAUCACCAUCAUCAUCAUCAUCUUCAAGAAUCCUGUCCCGAGGUAUCCAGCAGCGGCGUACUUUCACCACCACCUACAAAUUUUCGUCCUGGUACACCAGAAAGUACAAACAACGUCGUUGUCUCAGCCACCACUGCUACUGCUACCGCAGCCGUUGUUAUUGGAACUGGCCCUGUUCGAUCCACCAAUCACGAGGAUCUUCAACUUUGGGACCUCGAUCUUCAUCGUGGAUUACAACAGACUCAACAGCAACAAACCACGACGACUACUGCUACCGCUACGACUACGAUCGAUCAGUACAGUAGGACUAGCACGGUUGUUGCAGCACCUACCACUACCAGUACCGGUAGUAUACUCAUAGCUACCAACGAUCAUCCCGCGUCACCGUUUCAACCUACCCUCGAAGGCAGGGAUGAGCUCUCGCAGCCGGGUUCGCUUAACGGUUACGGAAGUGGUGGCGGUGGCGGAGGAGGAGGCGGCGGUGGAGGUGGUGGAGGUGGAGGAGGAGGUGGCGGAGGCGGUGGAGGUGGAGGAGGCGGAGGUGGAGGACCUGGUGGUGGCGGGGGUGGUAACGAUGGUUGCGACGCAAGAAAGAAAAAAGGUCCAACGCCGAGACAACAAGAAGAACUCUGUUUGGUCUGUGGUGAUCGGGCUUCUGGUUAUCAUUACAAUGCACUCACCUGUGAAGGUUGUAAAGGUUUCUUUCGGCGCAGUAUAACGAAAAAUGCGGUUUAUCAGUGCAAAUAUGGGAACAAUUGCGAGAUUGACAUGUAUAUGCGCCGUAAGUGUCAGGAAUGCAGGCUGAAGAAGUGUCUUACGGUUGGCAUGAGGCCGGAAUGCGUUGUACCCGAGUAUCAGUGUGCGGUCAAGCGGAAGGAAAAGAAGGCCCAGAAGGUAGGGGAAAAGGACAAGCCGAACAGCACGACGAUGAACGGCUCGCCAAGUAGCGUCGGUGGUAUGGGCAGCGAUCAAGUAGGCGUGAAGAUCGAACCGGCGGAGGCAGAAUCGUUGUCGAUGUCCGGUAGUAGCGGUAUCCUCACCCCGGUUAGCCCUUAUGGCUGCGUUAAGCCUAUCAGUCCCGAACAGGAGGAACUGAUACACAGGCUCGUUUAUUUCCAAAACGAGUACGAGCAACCAAGCGAGGAGGAUCUCAAAAGGAUCACGCAUCAACCGACGGAAGGUGAGAACCCCAGCGAUUAUAGGUUCAGGCACAUCACAGAGAUAACGAUAUUGACGGUGCAACUGAUCGUCGAGUUUUCGAAAAGGUUACCCGGUUUCGACAAGUUGAUGCGCGAAGAUCAGAUAGCAUUGUUGAAGGCGUGCUCCAGCGAGGUGAUGAUGCUGCGAAUGGCAAGAAAGUACGACGUACAAACGGACAGCAUAAUAUUCGCGAAUAAUCAACCGUAUACACGGGACAGUUACAACGUAGCCGGUAUGGGUGAGACCAUAGAGGAUCUUUUACGUUUUUGCCGGCAAAUGUACGCGAUGAAGGUCAACAAUGCUGAAUACGCGCUACUUACGGCCAUCGUAAUAUUUUCAGAGAGGCCAAACCUAAUGGAGAGCCGGAAGGUCGAAAAGAUUCAAGAGAUAUAUUUGGAGGCCCUUAAAGCGUACGUCGACAAUCGUCGUAGACCGAAGUCCGGUAUAAUAUUCGCCAAGUUGUUGUCAGUAUUGACGGAACUACGGACCCUCGGCAAUCAGAACAACGAGAUGUGCUACAGUCUAAAGUUCAAGAACAAAAAGCUGCCAGUUUUCCUCGCCGAGAUCUGGGACGUGGGGACCUAGUUUCCUCGUUGCCGAUCGCCGGUCUGCGCGCCGGUCGGCUGAAUGUGUCUGUUUUAUUCGAAAAUUGUGGCUCGCGCAUCGACGCGACGACACGACGAGCAAGAGCAAGAGCAAGAGCAAGUGUUAAGAGCAAGAGUUAAGAGCAAGAAGGACGAGCAACGGCACCGAGCAAGAGGAUUAGCAAAUGGGAGUGUGCGAGCGAGCGAGUUAGCGAACGAGUUAGCGAACGAAUGAUGCUACUUAGCUAGCGAAAGGAAUAAAAGAAGAAGGAGAAGAAGAAGGAGAGAGAGAGAGAGAGAGAGAGAGAGAGAGAAGAAGGAAAAGAAAGAAAGAAAGAAAAAAAAAGAAAGGAGAUUGAAAAAUGCAAGAAGGACGAUAUGCUCGACUCCUGUACUAGUGUGCACCACUAUGCCACUGCCUCUCUCAGGCAUUUCGCGAUUCGACUUCUUCGUGGGCUUCUUUUGCCUGUUCAUUCGUUAUACAAAAUACCACACAACACAAAUAAUAACUUUUGCUUUCUUCGUCGACGAUAGAGCGGGGAGGAUAAAUGGGAAUAGUAGGAGAAGGAGGAGGUGAGGGGAGGGGACGAUGAUCGUUGUUGUGUUUGUCGAUCGACGGGCGACGUAGCCUUCUUCGUAUGGAAGAUAAAAUGUGAAAGAAUCGUCAUUGAAAGAAGAAGAUUAAAAAAGAAGAAAGAUAAGCAAGGGAAAUAAAAAAUUGAUUAUGAAGAUUGUGAUGAGAAGGACGACGAGGACGACGACGACGACGAAGACGACAAAAAAUAAAGUAGAUCGGAUGAUGGUAUCUACUUGUUGAAGAAAGGAAGGAAGGAA